AUGAAUAAUCAAGCAGAGCGAGCUAUUGAACUUUUCUUUCAAAUAAAAAAACCAUGUAAUGUUAUAUUGCGUGUUUUUUUUAAUGCUUGUGCUCAAUUAAAAAAUGAAAAAGCAUUAAAUUUAGGUAAAAAAGUAUUUAAUGAAUUAAAGAUUGAAUCAAAUGAUAUAUUACAUAUGGUUUUAAAUAUGUUUAUUAAAUGUGAUGAUCUCAAUAGUGCUGAACAUUUAUUUAAUCGAAUGAAUCGAAAUAUUCUUUCUUAUGGAUCAAUGAUGAAACUUUAUAAUCUAAAAGAUCAACCAGAAAAAACUUUAGAAUUAUUUCAAAAAAUGAAAGAAGAAAAUCUAAAUCCAGAUGAAAUUUCUUAUGUUUUAUUGAUUGAUGCAUUAUCAAAAAUUGGUGAUCUUUCAUUAUCUCAAUUAUUUGUUAAUGAUAUACCAAAAAGUUUCUUAAAAAAUUCAUGGAUUCAAGUUGGAUUGAUUGAUUUAUGGGGUAAAAUUGGUUCACCAGAUAAAAGUAAACAAAUAUUUGACAUAAUUGAACAUCCAAACAGUGCUUAUUUUGGAGCUAUGAUAAAUGCCUACGGUUUAAAUGGAAUGGGUUUUGAAGCAAUUGAAUUAUUUAAUACAAUUCCAUCAUCAAUGUUAGAUAAUAUUAUUUAUAUAUGUGUAUUAAAUGCGUGUUCUCAUUCGGCUAUUCUCAAUCAAGCUUGGAAGAUCUUCGAAAAAAUUCCAAUUGAACAACGAACAGAACAAAUUUAUACAACUAUGGUUGAUACAACUAGUCGUCUAUUUCUUUUUGAUCAAUCACUUCAAUUAAUUGAUGAAUAUGAAAAAUCUCAUAAACCUUCUAUUCCAAUGUAUAUAUCAAUACUUUCAUCUGCUCGAAAUGCAAAGAAUGCUUCAUUAUCAGAAAAGAUUUAUCAUCGUAUUGAAACGAAUUUUUCCAAUAAUGAAAAAUAUUUAAGAUCAGCUCGAAUUCUUCUUGCUAAUACAUAUGGUUUAACUGGAAAUAAAGAUAUGUUAUCAAAUGUUCGUAUGUUAUUAAAUAAAUCAAAUACGAAAAAAGUUGUUGGUUGUUCUUGGACUGUUAUUAAAGGAAAAGUUUAUAAAUUUCGAGCUCAUGAUCGAUCGAAUCCUUAUUCAUCUGAAAUUUAUGAAGAAUUAGGUCGACUAACGGUUCGAUUAAUCGAACGUGGAUAUAAACCUGAUGAAUCAUGGAUAGCUCGAGAGUUGAAUGAUGAUGAAACAACUGAAUCAGUAUUAUGUGGACAUAGCGAACGAUUGGCUAUUAUCUUCAAUUUAAUUCAACGACCACAACCAACUCGUAUUCAAAUUGUUAAAAAUCUACGUAUUUGUGGCGAUUGUCAUUUAGUCACCAAAAUGAUUGCUCAAAUAUAUCAAUGUUCGAUUAUCGUUCGUGACACAAAUCGUAUUCAUCAUUUCUAUCCAAAUGGAAAGUGUUCUUGUCAAGAUCAUUUUUAG